AACCCCUUUUAAUUAAAUUUCACAAACACUCUCCAUGGGGAAACCCUAGCGGUCUCCCGCUUCGUCGUAGCACCUUAGCUUAGUAAUUUGGUCGGCCAAUCCAUGAUGUUGAGCGAUAAUCGGCAACAGUCCAUGGCAUUGCAUUGAGUAUCCUAAAAUGUUCCGAAUUUCAGGGCUUAAAGUCUUAAGUUCUGGCAGGAGGGUUGCAGUCACCACCUCUUUCUUCGGCAAUCUAGGGUUUCAUUGGGACGCCUUAUUAAGCUUCAAAUUCUUCUCAGUUCUUCCCAGUAAUGCAUCGUUUGGAUCUUUGAAAGAUGAGUGUAUACAUUCUUUCACAGUCUCAUACCUCGUCAAUUCAUGCGGAAUGCCAUUACAGACUGCUCUGGAUGUGGCUUCCAAGAUGAAAAGGUCAUCAAAUGUUUGAAGCGUUCACCAAGGGCAUUUCGUCAGGUUUUUCCAGACAAAAUUGCACCCAACAUUGAAUUGUUACGAACUUCUGGAGUUUCUGAUGUUUUGAUUUCAUCUUUGGUUUCGAAUGUUCCUGAUUCAGCAUUCCGUAGGCAUUCCAAAUUCCGCAGCAUUGUUAACCAAGUUAGGGAUAUGGGAUUCGACCCUUCAAAAGUUGUGUUUGUUGAGGCCAUUAGAGUGCUCUCCGGGAUGAGUUCUCUCACCUGGGAAAGAAAAUUUAAAGCUUACAGUAAGUAUGGUUGGUCAAAGGAUCAGACCCUCUUAGCUUUUAAGAAGUUUCCACCAUGUUUGAGUGUUUCUGAAGAGAAGAUCUUCAAGAACAUGGACUUUUUUGUGCACAAAAUGGGUUUGAUGGCUGUGGAUAUUGCUACAAAACCCACUGUGAUGGUCUUUAGUUUGGAGAAGAGGAUAAUACCAAGGUGUUCUGUUGUCCAAAGUCUGUAUUCAAAAGGUUUAUUAAAGAAAAAAUUGAGCAUCGCUAGCAUCUUACAUCCUACAGAAAAGACUUUCCUGGAGAAGUAUGUGACCAAGUUUCCUAACGAUGCUACUUGGCUGUUGCAUUUGUAUACUGGAGAGGUCAAAAUCUUUGAUGUUUAACCUUAAUUUUUUUUUUUGGUCCUUGAUUCAUUGAUUGCUAUGGUCCAUUUUCUUGGAUGAACUCUUAACUUUUUGGCUCAAUAUUACAUUUUUGGUGUCUGUUUAAAUGAAGCUUUUUGUUUCUUCUUGCCUUGAA